CUACAUCUGGAUCCAACUAAUGGUCACGUGACCAAGUGGGAGUCAGAGCAGCGGUCACGCUCUGGUAUCCACAAAAGGAAGCAACUUUCUAACACGGACUCGGACAUUAAAGAUGGUGAGGACAUUCCUGCUGCUGCUGUUUGGACUCUCAACGUGGAUCCCAGGCCUCCUGUGCGAGGUGAUCACCGACGGGGAUCGUGAAGUGCUGGAGGGGAAAUCUCUCACCAUCUCGUGCCACUACGGACCUCAGUAUGCCAGCUAUGUGAAAUACUGGUGCCAAGGCAAGACGCGGGAUUUCUGCAGCACCCUGGCUCGCACCGACGACCCGGUGGUGGCCAAUUCCAGCCAGAGGAAAGUGAGUAUCAGGGACGAUCCGGUGCAGCAGUUGUUCGUCAUCACCAUGAGGGACCUGAAGGAGUCUGACUCGGGGUGGUACAUGUGUGGAGUGGAGAUUGGGAGCGUGUGGCACGCUGAUGCUUCCGCCUUCUCCUACAUCAAAGUCAUCCAUGGUUUGUCGGUGGUGAAGAAACAAGUGAGCGGCCAUCAGGGCAGCAGUGUGCAGGUGGAGUGUCUCUACAGUCAGAGGUUCAGAGAAAGCCAGAAGAGAUGGUGUCGUUGCGGCAACUGGAGCUCCUGCCGAGUGAUUGACCCGAGAGAAAGAUACCAGGAUGACUCCCUCACCAUCGUUGACAAUGGCAACGAAACCCUCACCGUCACCUUGAAGAACAUCCAGAUGAACGCUGCAGGCUGGUACUGGUGUGGAGCUGGAAACCAGCUCAAAUCUGUGGAGGUGGCAGUGAGCCGUCCACCUGUGGCUGCACCAAUCACGUCCGAGAACACGGCGAGCCGCUCGGAGGGAAACCCGCCUCCCUCCAAACCUGUCACCAAGGAGUUGUGCAGCAGUCGCUUUCUGUCUGUGGAGUCGGUGAUGCUGUGCGUGUCGGUGCUGCUCCUAAUUGGCUUGGCCAUAUUCGCCACGAAGAUGUGGAAACUGCACAAGAACGAUGUGCUGCUCAGAAACAACAAGGGUGUGAGUUCAGGACUUGCGGAGUACUCGGAUGAUGCCUGCAACCUGCACAAUGCCACUGUGCUUUUUCUUAAUACUGAUUCUCCAAAAGCACAGCUGUGCUGAAGUGUAAACAAACACAGUGCUUUAAAAAAGGAACGUGAUCCUCCCUCUGUUGCACAUAACAAAGAUGAUUGCUGUUUUGUUUUUUUGCUGCUUUGCUCUCAGUAUUGUCUCUGGAUUUUUAUACUGUUGCCUUCUAUCUUUGAAAUAAAUUGGCUUUGAGACA